AUGGCACUCAAUCGCAUCAAAUCCCGUGGUCGAGGGCACCUCGUCAUCGACGACUACGACUCUAACAAUGGACCUUCAAGCAAUGUCAUCGAUGACGGACGCGUUGAAGUCCAGUUCCACGACAAUCCUCAAGCGCUGGCCGUUUGGUGCCAGCAUUUCAAAGAAUCGUUCGCAGACGACGCGUCAUGUUCUGAGCGACUACAACCUCCCGAACCUCGGCGAACAAAUAGUGUUGCAUUUGUUCCAGGCGUAGAGAAACCAGCUGAGAGUCCAAGACUCCAUAUCGCAAUACACAUCGUGGGAUCCCGUGGUGAUGUUCAGCCAUUUAUACCCAUUGCGCAGCUACUUAUGAAGCCACCCUACGGUCACCGAGUACGAAUAUGCACGCAUGCCGCUUUCAAAGAGUUUGUUGAAGCCCAAGGUAUCGAGUUCUUCAACAUUGGUGGUGACCCCGAGGCUCUCAUGGCAUACAUGGUAAAGAACCCUGGCUUGUUACCCAAUCGCGACAGCCUCAAAGGGGGAGAGGUCGGUAAGAGACGAAAGGAGAUGGCUGAAAUUAUUUCCGGUACCUGGAGAAGCUGCAUUGAAGCUGGUGAUGGAAUGGGGGAGCCCAUAAAAGCUGCUAAUGUAGAGUCCACCGAUGAUCUAUUCCUGGCUGAUGUUAUUAUUGCCAACCCCCCAUCCAUGGGCCACAUACACUGCGCUCAGAAACUCAGCAUCCCCCUGCAUAUGGUCUUCACAAUGCCGUGGUCACCAACCAAAUCCUUUCCUCAUCCACUUGCUUCAAUGAGUUAUGGCAAUGCGGAUGCCAAGGUCGCCAAUUAUCUGUCCUUCAUGAUGAUGGAAUUGCUAACGUGGCAAGGCCUGGGAGACUUGAUUAAUAAAUUCCGUACGCAAACGCUACAUCUGGACCCUGUUAGCCCACUUUGGGGCUUUCAGCUUAUAUCCAGGCUUCGUAUUCCAUUCAGUUAUCUCUGGUCAGAGACCCUAAUACCAAAACCAUCUGACUGGGACAGCCAUCUCAACAUCACAGGCUUCUCUUUUCUGCCACUUGCCAGCUCUUACACGCCUCCCCCGGACCUUGUAAGCUUCCUCGACAAUGGAUCAACGCCAAUUUAUAUCGGGUUCGGAUCUAUCGUCGUAGACAACCCCCAAGCACUUACGACCAUGAUCUUUGAAGCUAUAAAGAUUGCCGGCGUUCGGGCCAUUGUUUCAAAGGGAUGGGGAGGUGUUGGUACUGGAGAUGUACCCGAUAGCGUUUAUCUCAUUGGAAACUGUCCUCACGACUGGCUCUUCCAGCGUGUUGCAGCUGUUGUCCACCAUGGCGGUGCCGGCACAACCGCUGCCGGAAUAGCGGCCGGUCGGCCGACUGUCAUUGUUCCAUUCUUUGGAGAUCAGCCCUUCUGGGGUCAAAUGAUGGCGCGUGCAGGUGCUGGACCAGUAGCGGUUCCAUACAAAGAUCUUACGGCAGAGAUACUGGCCGAGAGUAUAACGUUUGCCCUUCAACCAGAUGUCAUGGCGGUAGCAAAAGACAUGGCAUUGCAGAUUGGGGAAGAGGAUGGCUCAGGUGGUGCAGCUAUGGAUAUACAGGACCGCCUGGACAUUGAUAGCCUUCGUUGCGACUUGAGUCCCGGAAGACUUGCAAGCUGGCUCCAUCGCAAAACAGGGGCUCAUCUGAGCGGGUUUGCCGUCGGCUGUCUCAGGGAUCAUGGGUUGAUUGAGAUGUCAGACCUCAAGCUGCUCCGACACAGACACUGGUAUGUAGACGAAGGAGCUGAGUCCCCUAUCAUCGGUGCCAUAGCUGCUGUGUCAGGCUUUGCGGCAGCCAUUGGCACCGCAACGUCCGAUUAUACUCAACGCUUGAGAAACUCCCCACACUCCAAGACGACAAGGCGCCAUAGCAGCAUAGGACUACAAAGGGUCCCAAAGACGGAAGACGGUACCAAUGAUACCUAUUUGCGGUCUCAGAAAGGACCACGAGAUGUAACCCAAGCAGACAUGGAAGCGCUCGCUCAGAAGAUGGCGAGCAAGACACUUUACGGUGCCGAACCGGCUUUCUCAGCAGCGCGACUGUGUCGCCCAGUCAGUGAGGCUCGUCAAGGGCGUAAGAACUCAUGGAAAGCUCGCGAGAGCGGCAGAAACGGACGCGUCUUUUAUGUUACGCGAGUGACAGGCAAAUAUGCUUGUGACCUUGCGGCGGCGACCGCCAGAGCACCCGUUGCUUUAUUCUACAAUGUCGCCAACGGCUUUCAUAAUGCACCGUCAAAUGUCUUUGAUGUUGAUGUUCGCCGCCGAGAUGAAAUCACGGGGCUGGGGAGCGGUGUCAAAACGGCGGGAAAGGAGUUCUGUUACGGAAUCUGGGAUGCCUUCAGUGGCAUAGUUACGAAGCCAUACGAAGACACUAAGAAUAUGGGUGCCAAGGGCCUCGGGAGGGGUCUGCUGAGAGGCGGACUUGGAAUAAUAGGCAACCUGGGCUCGGGUAAGUUAUACUGA